AUGAACUCCUCUGCCCUCGAUCUCUCCCUUCUCAACUUCACACCUUCGCGUCAGGGAUUCUUCCUGAUCCAGUCGGAACGCGGCCAUGGUGAUAAACGCCUGGUCGUCUACAAGGUUCACCGAUAUGUUCUGUGUUCGUUCCACCCAUGUCUGUGUUGGGCGCACACACAGGCAUUUCUUAUCUGGCAUCUGUUUUGGAUACCGUAUUUCCUGCAGCAUCUUCUCCACGGCAGUCUGUUCUGA